AAAGCAUACAGUCAUCCACCAAGCUCACCACUGCAAUGCUUCUGUUUCACCUACAUAAAAGAGUUUUUGCCGCUCGCCAUUAAAACACGCUCGGACAAGAUCAGCUCAAGUGCUGAGCCGCCUGAGCAACAAAAUGUUAGACAGUUAAACUGAUUCACUGAUUGCCUGUUUUCUAUAUUUGCAGUAAUCUGAAUUUUCAAUCGUAAAAUCUGCAAUAUCAUUCGUCGAAGAAGAAAGGGAACAGCAAAUGGCUUCUCUUUUCCCAUUUCAAGACUUAGAUCUCCAGCUCGCACCAUCUACGCUCACUGGCAGCUUCUCCGGUGAGCGAAACGCCUCAUCCGAUAAGAUAGUUCCCAAGAUCGAACUAAAACUAGAGCCUUUCGACGAUAUCGCUCAGGCAGACCUGCAAUCCCCUGCAUCUUUCUCAAACCCUAGUCUCACAUCCAAUUCAUGGUCGAAUUCGGGCGUCAGCCCCUCCUCUCUUCCGCAGCCCGACCCGGAGUUCUCUCAAGUUUCAGAGGUUUUCCGCACUGCAUUAUCCAAGAGGAUGCGGCCGUACGGCGAUGUGGAGAUUAUUGAUGACCCGGAUUCGAGAGCCAUCGUGCCAGUGAAUACAGAAGAGCAGCUUUCAGAUAUGGUCAUUGAAAGGAGGAAGUAUUCACAGCGUUCUUCCGAGCUAGUCAGGGUUUCUGAUCUUAACACAGAGGACGAGAUGUAUUUCCGGAGUGUUGUUCGCCGGACCCGCAUGCUAUAUGAUUCCAUAAGGGUUCUUUCACUAUUGGAGGAUGAGAGGAACCAGGUAGGUUUUCCUUUCAGAAAAACUAGAGGGGACUUGAAGGCCGCACAGGUAUUGAGAGAGAGGGGACUCUGGCUGAAUCGAGAUAAGCGAAUCGUGGGGUCCAUCCCUGGGGUGUAUAUUGGAGAUGUCUUCUUUUUUCGAAUGGAAUUGUGCGUUGUUGGGUUGCAUGGUCAGGUCCAGGCUGGCAUUGAUUAUCUUCCUGCAAAUCACAGCUCAAAUGGAGAGCCAAUUGCAACAAGUGUGAUUGUCUCUGGGGGAUACGAGGAUGAUAUGGAUUCAGGGGAUGUGAUAAUCUAUACGGGACAAGGUGGGCAGGACAAGCACGCACGCCAAUGUGUUAACCAAAAGCUUGGAGGUGGGAAUUUGGCAUUGGAGAGGAGCAUGUGUUAUGAGAUUGAGAUCAGGGUAAUCCGUGGCUUAAAAUAUGAGGGUAGUGCUAGUGGAAAAGUCUAUGUGUAUGAUGGAUUAUAUAAAAUUGUUGACUAUUGGGAAGAUAUAGGAAAGUCUGGUUUUGGAGUGCUCAAGUAUAAGUUGGUAAGGAUUGAGGGUCAACCGGAAAUGGGAAGUUCUAUUCUGAAAUUUGCAGAGACCCUUAGGGUCCAACCAUUGGUUGCAAGGCCUAGAGGCUACCUCAGUCUUGAUAUAUCACACAAGAAAGAGACUGUGCCGGUUUUUCUGUACAAUGACAUAGAUGCAGAUCAAGAACCUAUUUAUUAUGAUUAUUUGAUGAAGACCAUAUUCCCACCACAUGUCUUCCAGCAAGCUGGAACUUGUGCUGGGUGUGAUUGUGUCAAUGGAUGUUUUGGUAAUUGUUCAUGUGCGCUGAGAAAUGGUGGUGACUUUGCAUAUGACCACCAUGGUAUCUUGUUGAGGGGGAAACCAUUGAUAUUUGAAUGCGGGCCACAUUGCAAGUGUCCUGUUACGUGUCGGAAUAGAGUGAGUCAAAAGGGUGUGAAGAACAGAUUCGAAGUGUUCCGUUCAACAGAGACAGGGUGGGGGGUUAGGUCACUUGACCUUAUCCAAGCAGGUUCUUUUAUCUGUGAAUAUGCAGGAAUUGUCCUCACAAAGGAGCAAGAACAGAUUUUCAAAAUGAGCGGCGAUAACUUAAUAUAUCCUCGUCGUUUUUCAGAGAGAUGGGUGGAAUGGGGGGAUCUAAGUCAAGUAUUUUCCGACUAUGUAUGCCCGUCAUCUCCUUCAAUUCCACCUUUGGAUUUUGCAAUGGAUGUAUCAAAAAUGAGGAAUCUUGCUUGUUAUAUCAGCCACAGUUCCAGUCCUAAUGUUUUUGUUCAACCAGUGCUGUAUGAUCAUAAUUUUGUCUGUUUCCCCCGCCUUAUGCUCUUUUCUAUGGAGAAUAUUCCUCCCUUACAGGAACUUAGCCUUGACUAUGGUGUAUCAUCUGAUGAUUCGGAGAAGCUUGCCAUCUGUGACUGAUUAAUUUAGGAGUGUAGUUCCAGUUUUGAUUGUGGUUUGCAAUGACUUGAUUGGCUUAUGGUGUACUAAGAAUAUAGCUUGCCAUAAUAGCUGCUGCAAAUGUAUACCAUCCCAUGUCAGACUGUAAAUCCCUGCUGCCUCCUGUAUGUAGUUGUUCUUGCACUGUUACCGAUCGAUAUUGAAGAAUUAGCCGCUUGUUCAAUUAUUUACCAUUAAAUUGCAUUAUGCUCCGUAUUAUGUACAUGUUGUGUAAUUUCUGUGUUCUUAGUUAGAGGAGUACAUUCCAAACUCCAUAAAAAGAAAUCCCAUGUUUUGGUGUUCAGUUGUAUGUUUUGGAGGGAAAGGACCUUUAUUUUUUACCUUUUUGUACAAACCGAAAAUAUGAAAUUGGAUACUUUUAAAUUCU